AUGGAAACAGAAACAUCUAUUGACCGUACGCUAUUACGGUUAAUUGGUGACGGAGCAACAAGAUUCUUACAUCAUCAGAUUGUAGAGGAACCUGAGAGGCUUGUCGAUUUUUCCUUCAUGCUUUUCAUUGGUUUUAUUCUAUUGACCUUAUUGAUAAGCAUCGAUUUACAGGUAGCAUCGGAUUGUUUGGCUCGUUCUCGUGAUGAAACUAUAUCGUGUUCCUAUUUUUGCGAGAUGAGUCAGAGGCUUGAUGAAACGCUGAAUGAGGCCCAGCAAAAAACAUCUCCUGAAUCGUUUGCAUACCUUUCAAAAUUGGUCAAGCAGCUGUUGAUGAUUGUCAGUCGACCGGCACGAUUACUGGAAUGCCUGGAGUUUGAUCCGGAUGAGUUUUACCAUCUACUCGAGGAAGCUGAAGGUGUCGUGAGGGAGCAGCUGGGUAGCGGUACUGCGCGAGUACCUGAUCUGCCACAGUACAUUAUCGGGAAGCUUGGGUUGGAUCGCGAUCCAUUGAUGGAUGUGGACCCGCGAGCAGAAUCACCGCCACAUGCUUCAACGUCAGCAGUGUCACAUCGCGACGAGGAAAUUCCGCUAGGCCAAUCGGGAAAGCCGGAUGUUCAUCACCGAGCGCCUCGUGAAGAUGAUUUUGAAACAAUCAGGUUGGUCAGUAAUGGUGCCUACGGAGCUGUUUAUUUGGUGAGACAUCGCGAAACACGGCAGCGCUUCGCGUUGAAGAAGAUGAACAAGCAGACGUUGGUGCUCAGGAAUCAGGUUGAUCAGGUGUUUGCUGAACGUGAUAUCCUGACAAUGACCGACAAUCCUUUUGUGGUCUCGUUCUAUGGCUCGUUUGAAACGAAACAUCAUCUCUGUAUGCUAAUGGAGUAUGUUGAAGGUGGUGAUUGCGCAGCAUUGCUGAAGAGUGCAGGCACAUUGCCCAUAGAUCUGGCGAGAUUGUAUGUGGCAGAGACGGUACUAGCUAUAGAGUACUUGCACUCCUAUGGUAUUGUUCACAGGGACCUGAAACCAGACAAUCUGCUUAUCACAGCGAUGGGUCACAUCAAGCUGACAGAUUUUGGGUUGUCAAAAAUUGGUCUCAUGAAUCGAACCACUUUGGUAGCUGAAGGUUUCGAGAAUGCCAUUGAUACUCAGCAAUUCAAAGACAAGCAGCUGUGUGGUACUCCUGAAUACAUCGCUCCUGAAGUGAUCCUUCGCCAGGGCUACGGUAAACCGGUUGAUUGGUGGGCAUUGGGUGUGAUUUUGUACGAGUUUCUUGUUGGUUGUGUGCCAUUUUUCGGCGAUUCACCGGAGGACCUAUUCUCCAAAGUUAUAUCAGAAGAGGUAGAAUAUCCGGAUGGCGACGAGGCACUACCGCGUGAAGCUGAAGACCUGAUCAGGCGUUUGCUUGAGAAGAAUCCGAUGGAGCGUCUAGGAGCUAUCAUCGGUGCCCCUCAGUUGAUGGCACAUCCAUUUUUCGCGUUGCUUGACUUCAACACACUCCUUCGCCAGAAAGCUGAGUUUGUACCGCAGUUGGAGAACGAAGAAGACACGAGUUAUUUCGACAGUGAAGAGGUAGCCAUGCACCCUUUUCUGUUCCUGAUUGUGGUCUCUCAGGUGACCCCACUCACGUCCACAUCUAUCAAAGAAGGCGCGCCGAGAAAAACGUUGGGUAAACUGGCGAAGAAGAAGCCGAAACGUCCGCAACGGCGUGUGCCUUUGGAGAAGAAGCCCAGAAAGCCAUCAUCCCUUCUGCGGCGUCUGAGCGGUAAACGUGCAACAAAUGAUAUCGUACCAGGUAGUUCGAGCCAGAAGCAGACAUUUAUGCCGAGAUCAGUGUCCAGUCAAGAUGGAGCGAUUCUUGGUGGUCCGCUAACUACCGCUGGUCCCUCAUCCUCUACAACAUCAACUGCCACCGGUGCAAUGUCAGCUACGGGCACGAAAUCGGUUUGCCACAAGCGCUUGUCGGAUGUCGGUUUGAGGGAGGAAAACCAGUCUCCUUUGGUUUCCUCGCGUCCAUCGUCUCUGAGAGUCCUUAAACAGCCUCCACCAUUAACUUCUGUUGGUUCUGGAUCGUCUACUACUGGUGCCAAUAUGAACGUCGUCAAAAUGCCUACAUCACCUAUACCAGUUAGCCCAUUGGCAAGAUCGGAACAUUCAGAUGCGGCACCGAUCGUGACGAGAUCACCAAGUCCAUCGUCUGGGAAUAAGUUCAUAGCCAGUGGUCGAUCAUUUCUACGUAUGCUUCAUCGUGAUGAGAAGCAUUAA